AUGCCACUCAACUUGCUGCUGCUGAAGCGGUGGCUUGUGGGAGCCGGCAUCAUCAUUGUGUUGCUCCUUCUUUUUCAAGAACAAUUACCGACGGUGACGGAUCUGCGCGGCCACGGCCACGGCCACGGGCACGUCGACCGGGAUGGCUUCGUCUCCAGGACCAAGAUGCUGACUGUUGUCCGGGAGUGGCAGAAGCGCGAAGGAAUAAGCAAGAUUGUCGGGCUCGUCUUUUACCAGAAGCGGCAACAGGCGUCCAUCUUGGACUGCUAUCUCAAGGUUCGUCGGUCGUCGGCAUGCCAAGACGUGCUAAUCGCCCGCCCAUUUCCAAGACUAAGCUUAACUCUUUUUGCCGAGCAGCGGAAUCUGGCCAAGAACGGCGGCGUCCUCGACAAGGUUAUUUGGCUGCGGCAAACCGACGAUGCCCGCGACGUGGAAUUUCUCGACAAGCUUGUCCGGUCUGAAGCGCACUACUCCUGGUUGCGCCACGAGGGGAGCGACGAACGAGCCUACGAUGGAGUCCAAGACGACCUGUUGUACAUUAAAGUCGACUCGGGCAUUGUCUACGUUGAAGAUGGAACCAUCUUGUCCAUGGCGCACACGAGGGCCACACGACCCGACUUCUACCUUGUUUCCGCAAACGUCGUCAACCAACCUCUGAGCAGCUGGCUUCACCUGAGCCUCGGGGCCGUGAGGCCGUAUCUGCCCGACAACGAGACAUGGACGCCCGUUGAAGCCGGGUCGGGGGUCAACUGGCGCCCGUCUCGGCUGCCGUCGUGGCGAGGACCGCCCGAUUUCGACGUGGACAAAUGGAACCCCCCCGCAGACCGACAGCAUCUCUGGCUGCCGGUCACGGGCAAGAAGGACCACCUCCUUCACAAUACGCCCAUUGUCCACACCGUCUACGAUGCCUACAAGGACCAGGGAAAGUGGAAGUGGAUGGCUGCCGCCCAGCAGCAUUACAGUCUGCUCGAGAAUCUGGAAAGGGGGGAGCUGUCGAAAUACAAGUUCCACCUGUGGAACUAUCAGGAUCUCGGCAUGGGCACCCAGCUUGUGGCCAUGACUGGCAAAGACAUCAAUGCCGCCAAGCCGAUUGAGGCUGCUGCCGAGAUACAUUUUGCCGUGACGAUGCCACGAAAAUUAGGUCGACAUCAAUCCGAGGGGCUUGGGCAAACGGACAUUCUGGAGCGGUACAGGUCCUUUGCCCAAGAACACGCCUGCAAAGGACGCAUGCUGUGGACUCCUAGUGCCGAUCAUGUCUAG